GCACCUUUGUUGAACGCUAACUGGCGACUGCAUUGAAUGCAUCGCCGCCGCCGACGCCGUCACCGUAGUGCGUGAAAAUGUUGUAAACACACGAGAAAUGCGUUAUGCGUGAGGUGAAGUCUCCUCCGACGACGGCUAAGACGAGUUAGGCGUGCAAGUGUGGCGUAGGUAUUGCUGUCGUCCGACGGAAAAUGGCUGGAGAAGUGCGAUUUCGACUGAACGACAAUACCUUAGAUCCACUUCAAACAUUGGAUAUUUGUCACGAAAUUGUCAACAUGACGUUUUGCUCUUCAGAGAGGUCAUUCACCUUAAAAAAAUGUUUAAAAAAAAGAAGUGUUGAUAGAUAUGAUAGCUCUGAAAGUUCUGAUAGUGGUGUUGCAACAUUUAUUACUGAGCUUGGAUCACCAAUGACGCCUGAUAGCCGAGGAAGUGAAUAUUCAAUUCCAUCUCCAGUUGAAUGUGAGUCUGUAAUGGCACCACCACCUCCCAUACAAAAUUCAGCUGAUGAAAUCGAUUUGACAUGUUGGCCGUGGAGUGAAGAAUGGCCAGGAGACUGUUCAAAUAUUGAAUUAUUUUCUGACACAUCUGAUACAGAAGACUGUAAAGUAGAAAAAAACACUGCCGAUAAUGAGAUUAACAAGGAUUCAGUUGAAGAUUCAUGUACUGAUAAAUUAGGUCUCUUCCGAAAUCCCUCAAAUCUCAACAAUGUACCUAACAUAAUGCCAUUAAAACAGUGUGAGAAUACUAAAUUAACUGACAACAUUAAAUCUGAAUGUGAGUACGUUCAUGGUCAAAAUUGCAUUGUGCCCAAGGAAGAAUCUCGUGAAUGUACAUUGUAUGACAAUGAUAAAUUUUCCAGUGAUUUUAUUACUUCUUUGAAAACUGUAGAUGACACUCAGUUAUUAAAUGAUGAAAAACUAUUAUUACCUGUACAUUUAUCAACUUGUACUUCCAUCAAGUGUUCUGAAAAUGAUAAUAAGACUGCUAAUGAAUUACAUGAAAUGUAUUCAAAAGACAGUGUUUCCACAACAUGUACUGAAGAAAAAUUAGAAUGUAACAGACAAAUAGAUUCAUCUUUAACUCAAAGUUCUAAUAAUAAUUUGUCAAAUGAUGAAAUCAACUAUAGCAGUCCUCAAAAAAAAAUAUGUUUGGAUAUGAAAAGUGAUACAUCUGAUAAAAGUAGAUAUUUUAUGCGUUCUUCUUUGGGGACAUCUUACGACUUAUUUCAAUGCAAAGCCUCACAACUAGUAGAUCAAAAUAAAAAUCUACAUCAAGCAUCAUCAUUAUCAUUAAAAUCAAGAUGUUCCUUGAAAAACCACCAAUCUAAUUUAAAUGGUUCACUAAGUAUUAACAAACAGUUAAUUGGUUCUCAAAAGAAAAAUUGUUCAGGUGAUAUUAAACCAGAUAAUAUAAGGUUUCCUAAAUUAGACAGUCACUGGAUUUCGUUAAAAGGAAAUAUAGUGUGUCGCUGGAAUGGCUGUGAUAAUUAUUUUAAUACAACUGCUAAACUCAUUGAACACUUGCAAGUUAAACACGUUAACAUUCAAAAAAGUAGUGAAACGUAUGUUUGUUUGUGGAAUGAUUGUAAAGUAUUUAAUAAACCGUCUUGUUCACGCUCUUGGCUUGAGAGACAUGUUUUGAGUCACGGAGGUAACAAACCACUACAAUGCAUUGUUCAGAAAUGCAGACAAAGGUUUAGUUCUCAGGUAAUGCUAGAAAGACAUGUAAAUCAACAUUUUAAAGUUUCUAACAAUAAAGAAGAUGAAGGAAUAAGUGGGAGCAAACUGAUAAGAAGAAAAGGAAAAAAAUUGAGACUUCGUCGCCAACCAUUUUCUGCACGGAAAUUCGAUUAUUUUGAUCAAGCUACAAUGAUGGAAUUACAAACACAGUUAUUUUUAAGUACACAAAAUAGUCAACACGAUUUUAUUGAUUAUAGCAGAAGAGCUAUUAAAUUCCGCCCAAAUGUCAUUGCUCGACGACUAUUGGAUGGAAGUAAAAACUUUGAAGUUAUGGUUCGCUGGUUUCCGCCUGAGUUAUUGGAUGAUGAAUGGAUCACCUGUGAUAAAAAUACAAAUUUUGAAAUAAUUGAACGUGUUGUUCCCAUUAUGUCUAUGAGUACAGAGGAUCGGGACAAAAUUACCAAAUUGUUUGGUAAUAUUUUUCCUCCAGCUAUUCGGCGGUCGAGAAAAUAAUAAUUACAUUGUAUGUAUUAUAUUUUACAAAAUGUUCUUAGUUUUUAAUAUUUAACAAUUCUUGUGAUAUUUUUAUGUAAGUAAUAAUAGUCUACCAGUGUUUCUUGGCUGUAGAACAAAUAUCAUACAUAUUGGUACAAAUAAGUGUCUAAAAAAAAAUAGUAAAGUAACCAAAUCUUCCUAAACAAAUAGUCUAUGAAUACUAGACCAUUGUUCAACAAUACAUAUCUUCAAUGAUAACAUCCUUACAAGUAUUGAAGCAAGGUAUUGUGUCUUAUUUAUUAAACUCGGAGCACUACUUUUAAGUUAAUUAUAACUCAAAAUUAUGUAUUAUAUUAGUCAUUUUGUUUUUGUAUAUACUAGUCUAAUUAUGCUCUGUUGGUUU